AUGGUCGCGUGUGUGUUGCUGCUGUUCGCCUGGCUCCCUGCUCCCAUCCUCAGCCUGCAGCCAGUGACUGCCCACCGCCGCUUCGAAUACAAGCACAGCUUCAAAGGUCCGCACCUGGUGCUGCAAGACGGUACCAUCCCUUUUUGGACCCACCACGGCAAUGCCCUUCCCAGCUCUGAACGCAUUCGAGUUGUUCCCUCAAUGAAAAGCCAAAGUGGGUCAGUUUGGACCAAGAAUAAUGCAGCGUUUGAGAACUGGGAAAUAGAGGUUUCAUUUCGGAUAAGUGGCAGGAACAGAAUUGGAGCAGAUGGAUUGGCCAUAUGGUAUACCAGAGAAAGGGGACCGACCGGGCCGGUUUAUGGAGCAGUUGAUCACUGGGAUGGAGUUGGCAUCCUCCUUGACACAUACGACAAUGACGGCAAGCUGAACAAUCCAGCCAUCCUUGUGGUAGGAAAUGAUGGACGUCUUACAUAUGAUCACUUGAAUGACGGAGGAAGCCAGACCUUGGGCUCCUGUUACCGUGAUUAUCGCAACAUCUAUCACGCUGUGAGAAUCCGAGUAAGGUAUUACCAGAAGACGUUACAGGUACACUUAAAUAUGGGCCAGACUGAUCUCGACGAGAGCUUCGAGUUGUGCACAGAAGUGAAGGACAUGAACCUUCCUUCGAGUGGAUACUUUGGUAUUUCAGCAGCCACUGGAGGUGUUGCUGAUGACCAUGAUGUUCUGUCCUUUCUCACAUUCAGCUUGACGGAGCCUGGAACAAUGGAUCCUUCAAGCCAGCUCCCCAGUGUAGAGCAGGAGGAGUAUCAAAAGGAGUAUGAGCGCUUUGAGAAAGACUUGGAGAAACGUAAAGACGCAUUUCAGAAAGAACACCCAGAGUUGCAGACACCAGACGAAGAGGCAUUUGAGACGGAGGGUCAGAGGGAGUUUCAGAUGGUCGCCGGAGGGCAGCGGAUGAUCCACGAGGAGUUGAAGAAACUUCGAGAGAGGUUGGACGCUGCGUUUACAGAACAGAGGCAGCACUCGGAGCGCCUGAGCAGGAUGGGCAAGGACGAGCGGACCACCAUAGCAGGAGGACAUCCAGAGCAGGACACCGGUGACUCCGAGAGACUGGCAUUGCUGCUUAACGGUCAAAAGGAGAUGGUUCAGCAAGUGCAAGAGAUAAGCGUCAACAUUGCAGACAUGUUAUCCAAGGUGAGGCAAAGUCAGCAGUCGUUAAAUGCCAUCACUGAAGGCAAAAGCCAUGUCAAUGAGAUCCAGGAACACAUUCACGUUGUGAAAAAUGGUAUUAACAGCUUAACUAACACCAAGGUUCAACAAGUCAGCUGCCCGAAGGUCCCACCUAUUCCAUCGUGUACUUCAGCUUGGCAUUUCUUGGUGUUCAUUGUUCUCCAGUCUGUAUUCUUUCUCUCUUACUUAAUACACAGGAAUAGAAGAGAAAUCAAUUCCAAGAAAUUUUUCUGAAGGGUUGCACUGGAAUCAUGAAAAUUGUGGGACGAGAUGUUUUUGAAAGGUGUUUAUGAAUGAAUUUCUAAAGUAAUUGCGUGCUGUAAGCCUGCCUUAUUAAAUGGUCUUUA